CCGGGCUCCUAGCGCAUGGUUCUCGAGUUAAGCUGCUGGCUGCUCGCCCACGAGCGCGUCAUCCAUCUGUACGGUGUCACAAGCAAGUACGCAGCCCCGGGCCUGGUCUUCGACUGGGCCGAGAAUGGGAACGGCAUGGACUAUAUCAGAGAGCUGCUCGAGCACCCUCAGAAAGUCCAAGUCCCGAUUAUCCGCGACAUCGCCGACGGCCUCAAGUUUAUCCACGAUGAAGGUGUCGUCCACGGCGACCUCAAGGCAGCAAACAUUCUCAUUCAUGUGGACAACCGUGCAGUGCUUGCUGACUUUGGGCUCUCACGCUUCGCACGAGACCACCCGAGUGACUAUAACCCAGCAUGCUUAGGCAGCCUGCGAUGGUGCGCGCCGGAGCUGCAGAACGAGGGCCAGACGCGCGCGACGUUCGAGAGCGACAUGUUCGCAUUCGGGAUGCUCUGUCUCGAGGUGUGCCUGCUGCCUGCACCACUUUUCUCCAUGCUGCACGAGACUGAUGCCACCGACACGCCCAGCUGUACACUGGCAAGAUUCCGUACUUCGAGCUUGCAACUGACACGCAGGUUGUGGCACUCAUCAGGCAGGGCGUGCCGCCUGUUGACGUGCCGCCGCCGUGUCCUGCGGACCCCAACCGCACACCAAUGGCACAAGGCUUGUGGCACCUCAUGUAUGAGUGCUGGUCACUUGAGCCUAGUCGGCGCCCUCGUGCCUAUGCUGUGGCAAGUCAUCUGGAUGAGCCUGUGACAUUCCAGUAGUGUCACAUUGUGCUCUGGUCCUUGCAUUGGCUGUAUAGG